AUGUUGUGUUUGGCGAAAGCCACAUUCCGACUGAAAGAGGGUGAAGAAGGUGUUGAAGGUGCUGAAGGGGCACCACCAGCAGAAGGAGCACCACCAGCCGAAGGCGCUCCACCAGCAGAAGGUGCUCCACCAGCAGAAGGUGCUCCUCCAGCAGAAGGUGCACCACCAGCAGAAGGUGCGCCACCAGCAGAAGGAGCUCCACCAGCAGAAGGUGCUCCACCAGCAGAAGGUGCUCCUCCAGUAGAGGGUGCUCCACCAGCAGAAGGUGCUCCACCCGCAGAAGGUGCACCACCAGCAGAAGGUGCUCCACCAGCUGAAGGUGCUGCUCCUCCAGCAGAAGGUGCCCCACCAGCGGAAGGAGCAGCACCACCAGCAGAAGGUGCUCCAGCAGCACCACCUGCAGAAGGUGCCCCAGCAGCACCACCCGCAGAAGGUGCCCCAGCAGCUGCACCAGCAGAGGGAGCACCAGCUGCACCACCAGCAGAAGGAGCACCAGCUGCACCUCCAGCAGAAGGUGCUCCAGCAGCUCCUCCAGCAGAAGGCGCCCCAGCAGCUCCACCAGCAGAAGGUGCACCAGCACCAGCUGAAGGAGCGCCUGCUGCUGCACCAGCAGAAGGAGCGCCAGCAGCACCUCCUGCAGAAGGAGCACCAGCUGCGCCGCCAGCAGAAGGAGCUCCCGCUGCCGCUCCAGCAGAAGGAGCACCAGCAGCUGCACCUGCAGAAGGAGCAGCCGCACCAGCGCCGGCAGAAGCUGCACCAGCUCCAGCUGCAGACGCACCUGCAGCUGCACCUGCUGAAGCUGCACCACCAGCAGAAGCUGCACCUACACCAGCGCCUGAAGCGGCACCAGCAGCCGAAGCACCACCAGCAGAAGCGCCUGCUUCUUAAUCAUCGUCAACAAUUAUUUGGAUCAUCCAUCAUCUACUUAUAAGGCUUAAAAAUUUUACAUUAAAUAAUUAUCGCGUUCCUCGAACAUUUUCACAC